UAGUUUAAAAGUUAAAAAAUUAUUAGUCAAUGGGAAAUUGAUACCUAUAUUUUUUAUGGUAAAUAAAAUAGAGUGAGUAAAAUUAUAAAACAAUUGUUUGUACCCGUUUAGAACGAAAUAAAAGUUUUUUCGUAAACACACUGAUAUAGAUACAUUUUUAACAAAAAUGGUAGAUAGAUACAAUUCUUUUACAAUUUUAUUUACUUAAAGUAUAAAAGAAGAUUUACUUUCCAAAUAUUUUAACGAUUUCUAUUUAUUUAAGGUAUCUAUCAAAAACUAAAGAACAAACAAAUGGAAUUUCCAGGGUCAAAGGAAACAUUAAGGAAAACGAUAAUUGGAUUAGGCUUUAGGUAACAUAGUAAAAGUAAUUAUUCAGCUUAAAAAAUAAAAUUGUAUAAUGGAUAAUGUAUUUCAAAUUGAUAUUUUGUUUGCAUCGUUUUAGUUCAACUUUCUACAAUUUACAGUUAUGAAGAAUGUUUUUUCAAAAGUACCAAGUAUUUAUAAUCGAUAAUUUGUUUAGAUUUCGAUUUCCGAAAAACUGUAAACAAAAAAUAAAUCUCUCCAAGGUUACAUACGAUUCUACAUAAUUUUUAUUUUUCUCAAAUGAAUUGUUCUCACGUCUGUAUGUUUUAAUACAUUUAAAAUUUAAACCAUCAUACUUUUGAAAAGAUAUUUUUCAAAUUAUCUCGAACAAAUUACAGGUGGAGAAAAACCGAAGAUAAUAGGAGUGUCCUAAUGGAAAGUUAUGACAUUCGUUUAAAACGAACAGAGUAUUUAAAGCAGCUGAUUAAAUUUCGAUCUGAGGGUAGAAACAUAAUUUAUACUGAUGAAACUUAUAUACACAGCAGCCAUACUCCACCAUAUUACUGGGGAGAUCAAAGUGGAAAAACGUUCAAGAAACCAAUUUCUAAGGGCAAAAGGCUGAUUAUUGUUCAUGCUGGAGGAGAGACUGGAUUUGUACCUAACGCUCUGUUAAUUUUUAAAUCAGGAUCCAAGAGUGGUGACUAUCAUGACGAUAUGAACCACCUUAAUUUUAUGAAGUGGGUCAGAAGUCAGCUCUUACCCAACUUACCCAAAAAUUCGGUCCUGGUAGUUGACAAUGCAUCCUACCAUAAUGUAACAAUGGAAAAAAAUGUGACGUCUGCCAGCCGUAAGGAUAUUAUGGUAAAGUGGUUACAGGAAAAAAGCAUCCCUUUUCCAGUAAACUUAACCAAGCCGGAAUUGUACAAAAUUAUAAAAGUCCAUAAACCACGUUUUCCAUCUGUUUAUGUAUUAGAUCAUGAGCUUGAACAACACGGGCACAAAGUACUUCGCUUGCCUCCCUAUCAUCCGGAGUUAAACCCUAUAGAAAAAAUAUGGGCUUUGGUAAAAGGUAGGGUGGCCAGUCAUAAUGCAACAUGCAACAUAAACGAUGUUGAAAAUAUAACGAAAAAAAAAUUUUCAGAAGUGUUAAUACAAGAAUGGGCUAGCAUAUGUAAACACGUAAACAAAUAUGAAGACACCCUAAUAAAAAAAGAGCAUUUGUUAGACGCUACGCUGGAAAACCUAAAAUUUUUUAUUAAUACUGGUUCAUCAGAAGAAAGCUUUUCUGAGGAUGAGGACAGUGAUUCAAAUUCCGGAAUAGAUAUCUUAGAACCAUCCGAAGAAUCGUAAUUAAAACUUUGUUUAGAAUCAUUGUUUAGAAAAUAAAUACAUUAGAAUUAGUAAAAAUAAACACUUGUUUAAUUUUUUUUAUAGUUGAAAUCCUUCCUUCCUUCCUUCCUGAUAAUGUUAUUAAAUAAUUGUAAGUAUUGAGGAAUUUGUCAUAUAUUAAAGUACUCCUAAUAUUUUGCUCAUUAUUUUAUCAAAUGCAACUGAUUAUAAGCUU